UGAGAUGCCAGACAGAUGGGGGUUGGGGUGACCCCUGUGGACUUCCUGGUCUGUAGCGGGUGGGGCGCCACUAAGAGUUCAGCGGCCUUGGGCAAGUUAUUUAAUGGCCAGUAACGGGAGGCACUGGGGAACAUUUUUGCUGCGUGCGUGCUGCGUACCCGUCUCGCUAGCGCCAUCCUCACCUCUGAGGGAAGGGCCCAGGCACCAGGGCAGCAGGUGGAGGGAGUGGGGGCUGAGCUCUAGCCGCCCUGCCCAAGGCUGGCUCCACGCCUCUGUGAGCCUCAUCUGGAAAAUGGGUGUGCGGAGGCUCCCAGGCCUGGCAGAGGAGUCAUGGUUGUCCUUCCUUCUGUCCUUCAGCUUGGUCCCUUCCUCUGCUGCCAGGGACUGUCCACUCCUCUGUCCAUCUGUCUCUGUCUCUGCCCAUUCGUUAGUGAUGUCUGCCCUGAUAUAUGUCUGUCUGUGCCCAUCCACCCACAUCCCGUGUUGUGUGUGUGUGUGUGUGUGUGUGUGUAUCUGUGUUUCUCAUUCUCUCCCUGCACAUAUAUCUGUGUGUGUGUGUGUUUUCAUUGUGGACGUGUAUUUCUUUGUGCGUGUGUGUGUUUUCAGUGUGUCUCUCCGUGUCUUCCUACUCUCUCGCUGCCCAUGCAUGUCUGUGUGCGCUCCCCCAUUUCGUUCCCUCUGUCCCUGUCCCGCAGUGUGUGUCUCUUCCUCUUUGUGAGACAUGUGUUUGUGUGUGUGUAUUUAGUGUGAAUUUUGUGUGUGUUUGUGUGUCCAUGUCUUUCUUUUCUCUCUGUGCCUGUUUGUGUGUGUCUCUCUGUCUCUCUGUCUCUGUCUCUGUUUGUCUGUCUCUCUGCCUCUGUCUGUUAAGAGCAGAGCCUGUCCAGCAGAGAAGCGGAUGUAUGAGGGAUGAUUCAGUGGCUGACAGGAAGCUCGCCGCCUUGCAUCCUGCCUGCCAGUGUCUGUGGCAUUGACAUCGGAUCAGGCAGGUGUGUGGGCUCAGGAUGAGGUGGCCGCAGUGAGGAGCCCCCCGCUCUCAGCCCUGCAGGAAGAGUGGCCAGGAGUGGACAUGAGCGCGGACACGGAGCUGCUGUGGCCGGGGGCGGCCCUACUGCUGCUGCUGCUGGGGGCGGCGGCCGGUCUGUGUGUGCGCUGCUCCCCCCGCGCAGGUGCAAAGAGGUCCGAGAAAAUCUAUGAGCAGAGGAGCCUGCAAGAGAAUCAGCAGAACUUUGCAGUGGCCCGGACCUAUACCCUGGUCAGGGAGGCCUGGCCAGGGCCCCUGGUGGACACGGCCUCCAACGCGGCAUCAGCAAGCCCCUCCUCAGCCUCUGCCCCACUCCCGUGCAGGAAGGACAAGCUGCUGCAGUUCUCCCCCAGCCUCGAGGAUUCUUCAUCCUCCAGGUACCAGAACUUCAGCAAAGGAAGUAGACGCAGAUCAGAUGCAUCCUACAUACACCCCUUCGUCACGGACUAUUUCGAUUGUGGGCAGUUCCAGAAGCCCCCGGAAGAUGAAGAUGACGCCAAUUCCUAUGAGAACGUGCUCAUCUGUGAGCCAAAGAAAACCGAAUCAGGGGACGAGGAGUCUGAGGGUUAUCAGAACUCAGCGUCCAUCCGGCAGUGGCGGGAGUCCAGGAGAGUCGUGGAGCCGGUCCCGAGGGAAGCACCUCCCUACCCGGUAGGAAGCCCAGACGAGGACGACGGGGAGCCCGAUUACGUGAAUGGGGACGUGGCAGCCAUCAAAGCCUAGAGAAGCCCUGGAGGAAGGAGCCAGGGAACCAUAUAUUGCCUCCCCAGGGUCCCUUCUCCAGAGCUGCUCAACUUCUAGACCCCCUACGGCUACUCCUGGGAGGGGCACCAAUGCACCCUGAGGACCAGCCAGCCGGCCACGGGGUACCCAGCCCGGGAAAGGACAGUUACGCAUGGAGCCGCCCUCUGACUGGCUCCCACGGGCAAGGCAGGAGCCUGGGGCCGAGGGCAGCUCCCGCUGUGGUCAGAUGCCCAGGACUCAGGGCAGUCGCAUCCCCUUAACCGCAUUUAAAACAUCAUACUACAUGG